UGUCCCCUUAAGUCAUGGGGCUGCUUUCUUUGUGUAUUUUUCAGGCUAUCCUCUUUGCUGCUUUGGGAGAUAAGGUGGGGACGCAUUUUCACCGCUACAUGCUCUCUGAUUACAAGCCGCAGCACAACCCAAAGACGCAGAGAGACUACCAUCGUCAUAACCCCCGAAAUACAAUACAGGAAGCAGACGGCAGUCAUAACCUUCAAAGGACACAACUGAAAAAAGGACGCAGUCAAGGAAUUGAAGAUAGCAAAGCUAAUGAACCACUGGUUCUGCUCACCAAGUCCCGCAAGACGGUAAUGCUCCACCUGCUGAUUGUUCGCAUCUACCAGGACAACAACUAUAUCUGCACGGGCACACAAAUAUCCGAAUUGCUGGUCGUAACCGCGGUACCCUGUUUCGAUAGUAGUAGCAGCGAAUUAGUAGAUGUAAAAACGUUCGACGGCGAGGUAAUCCCAGGGCGUAGAAUGAACAAAAACGAGACUAUCGCCCAGAGCGAGGAUUCCCAGUUGGCCUUCGUUCUUCUUAACAAACGCCCGCUAUCCUCCGUAUUGAGAAAUGACUCCGUUCAACUCUGCAACUCCAGGCUCCAGGACAACUCCAAGGUCGUGAUGCCCAUUUGGAUAAGAGCCCGUAACACCAUCCAAUCGACGAAUACACGGACCGUUCUUUUCCAAGCUUGCCAGAAACUCAUGAAGGACCAUCAAGAAACAUUAUCACCCGAUUCUAUGAUCUGCGUGAAAAAUAAUAAGUUCACUUCCACGUGUCAGAGAAGCAUCGGAAAUCCCAUCAUCUACAAUAAAAUGAUAUGUGGAGUGAAUUUGUUUGGCCACAACUGUCCGACAGUCCAGGGCAUUAUCCUGUACUCCACUAUCUACGACCUAAACGAAAUCGAGAUGAAUGGCAAUAAGAUGAUAAGAAAACUCGAUAUAGAGGAAUCGGUAUUAUAACGGAGUCUAAUUUAGAAACGAAACAUCUUUCUGCUCUUAUUUUUUGUUUUUAAAAUUUUAUGCAUGUCGUAAACAUGGCAAUAAAGUAAAUUGAUUUGUUUCACUAAAUUUAA